CACUUAUUGGCUGUUUGAGGAAGCAGAUCAGUGUCUCCCGGUUGCAGCGAAGACAAGUCAACAUGUCGGGCGGCAGCGCAGGAAGUGCGUCCACGGCCACAGACAGCGUGGCAUCUACAGGGAAUCUAACAGAGACUGAUGCUUUCUUCAGAAGCCCUUUCGUUCUGGACCCUGCGGAGGAGUACAAGACGACCAACAAGCGUCGGGGCCUCGCUCUCAUUUUCAACCAGGAGCGCUUCUUCUGGCGCCUGGGCCUGAACAACAGAAGCGGGACCAACGCGGACCGCUACAACUUGGAGAAAAGACUGCAGGAGCUCAACUUCGAGGUCAGGAGCUACGAUGACUACAAACAGGUGGACGUCCUGGACAAAAUCCAUGAAGCUGCCGAGGACGACCACUCAGACGCGGACUGCUUCCUGCUGGCCUUCCUGAGCCACGGUGAGGACGACCACGUCUACACGUACGACGGCAAGCUCAGCAUCCAGGACAUCACGUCCAUGUUCAAAGGGGACAAGUGCAAGACCCUGGUGGGCAAACCGAAGAUCUUCAUCGUGCAGGCGUGCCGUGGGGACCAGCACGACGUCGGCGUGACUCCCUGCGACGUGGUGGACAGCGACGUGCAGACGAACGAGACGGUGGUGGACGCCUGCGCCGUCCACACCCUCCCGGCGGGGGCGGAUUUCAUCAUGUGCUAUUCUGUAGCAGAAGGUUACUACUCCCACAGGGAGACCAUCAACGGCUCGUGGUACAUCCAGGAUCUGUGCGAGUUGCUCCGGAAGUACGGCGGCUCCCUGGAGCUGACGGAGCUGCUCACACUGGUCAACAGGAAGGUGUCGAUGAGGAGCGUCGGGAACAGCAACGACCGGAGUGCCAUCGGCAAGAAACAAGUGCCCUGCUUCGCCUCCAUGCUCACCAAGAAGCUCUACUUCCGUCCCAAGAAGUAACGUCCUGCGUCCGAUCUGACGGGGGGACAGCUGAGGGUCCAUCCUUUUCUAAAGCUUUGUCUUUCACCUGGUGCUGCAGGUUGUAGCGUUACCGAAUUCUCAUCAUGUCCAGUCCACAAAGAUCAGGACAAAUGUCCUUUUUAGAAGUUAUUUUACAGCAGGUUUAUUAUUAUGUCUAGGCCGCUAAACAUUCCUAAAGAGCAGAUCUGUUGCAGAGAAGCCUUCCUCUCAUGAAUCACUGGAGCUGAUAAUCUGAUACAAUCAGCGCUUUACGUCUUUCCAGGUGGAGUUUGCUGGGCAGCAGCGUACGGUUCAGGGCUUUUCUCCUCUCAGGUAGCCUCCAGCGCUCCAGUUUGAUCUCUGCAGCGUACAGUACAAACAUUUGGUUUACACGCCGCGCCUUAAAGAGACAAAAGGGAAUUCAUGUGUGUCGUCGAUGCAGAUUUGCACCAAACUGAAAACAAGCCCUCAGGAAGCCUCAGAAAGGCUGUUUUUUAUUUUUUUUCUUAAAGCUGUGCUGGGAACCUAAAUCACUUUAGACUGUCUUUCUGAUCCUGUUUCUCUGUUCAUGAGCUGUGAAGAAUAAAAGCCAUUUUGUGGCC